AUGGAUACGGUAUCCGAUCUUCGCCCUUAUAUCUGCGAAGUUUGCUCACUUGGGUUCAAGACACAUCAAUUUUUAAAGCGACAUAUGAGCUCCCACAGCGAUUUAAGACCUUACAGAUGCGAGUUUUGCAAUAAUACUUACAAGUACAAAAAAGGAUUGAACAGACAUAUAAAGAAUAAUCACAGUGAGAAAUGAAGCUCUUUGUCUAAGACAAAGCGCCAAAAUUUUGCAAUUAAGCCACGGGAGCAUGAUAUCGAUCGUUAUUUAGCUCUAGAUGACUCUAUAGCUAUGAUUCCAAAUACCAAAAUUUUCAGAAUUAAACACUUUGUGGCUCGAGUUUGUCUAAAGGACAAUGAUAAAUUAGAUGAGUAA